AUGGCACCCGGUCAGAAGGCGUACCCGCGCGGUACCGUCAAAAAAAUCAUCAAGGCUCACUCGAACUGCAACCUGAGCAAGAAUGUGGACGUAAUGAUCUACCUCGACUAUGUUCUACUAGUCAAAGAGGCCGCCAUUGAGUCGAAGAAGUCUGGCGAAAGAGGCAUCACGGCCCGAAGUGUCAAGAAGGUGACCUCGGAUACUCUCACCAAGUUCCGAGGAUGA